UCAGCCGGAGGCAGGCGGUGUGGCUGGAGUCUCCGGCGGAUCCCGAGCCGUAUGUGAGAAAUCUGCCGCGUCCGGGGCUGCUCGCUCGUUCGCUCGCUCGCUCGCUCCUUGCCGCCGCGCUUCCUCCGCCGAGCAGCCGGAGCAUGGCGCAUUAGAGAAGGAUUGCAUUUCUGCGGGGCGAGAUAAAAUCCUGAUACCACCAUGGGAAAACAGAACAGCAAGUUACGCCCAGAAGUGAUGCAAGAUUUGCUAGAAAGCACAGACUUUACUGAACAUGAGAUCCAGGAAUGGUACAAAGGCUUUCUCAGAGACUGCCCAAGUGGACAUUUGUCCAUGGAGGAAUUUAAGAAAAUCUAUGGGAAUUUUUUUCCUUAUGGGGACGCUUCUAAAUUUGCUGAACAUGUGUUCCGUACAUUUGAUGCAAACGGCGAUGGAACAAUAGAUUUCAGAGAAUUUAUCAUAGCUUUGAGUGUAACGUCCCGAGGGAAACUGGAGCAAAAGCUGAAGUGGGCAUUCAGUAUGUAUGACCUGGAUGGAAAUGGAUACAUCAGCAAAGCAGAAAUGUUAGAAAUAGUUCAGGCAAUCUACAAGAUGGUUUCUUCGGUGAUGAAGAUGCCAGAAGAUGAAUCGACACCAGAGAAAAGAACUGAGAAAAUAUUUCGCCAGAUGGAUACCAACAGAGACGGAAAACUUUCUCUGGAAGAGUUCAUUCGAGGAGCCAAAAGCGACCCAUCUAUUGUCCGUCUCCUUCAAUGUGAUCCCAGCAGUGCUGGACAGUUUUAAAACUGUUGUUUGUAUUACUUGGUGUCUUUCUGGUUUGUUUCUUUUGUCUCAUAUAUCUCUUCACCAGAACAACAUUCAUGGUUGGUGUUGCCUUUUAAAGGCUACCUUUGCCUUCUUUUGUGGCAUUAUCUGCUUUCUUCAUGGCCAGC